AUGUCAUGGAACGUUGAUUCAGCAUAUAAGUCUGCAUUAUCCCCAGGUAGUGGUUUAUGUGACAUCUACGAAUCCAGAGAUAGGGGCAAAGUUGUGAAAGAGGACGAAUUACAUUUAAACGAAUCCGGAAAAAUAACUGAUGAACAGGAAAAAGAUGAAUUAGGACGGGGGGGAGAUUCACCAAGCAAGGAUACCGUAGCAGCCGCAGAUCAUGUCUUGACAAUAAAUAAAACUAUCAAAACAUAUAAGGAAGAAAGGACCAAAGAACGAACAUUCACACACCUUAGAAAUGGAAAGAAUAACGAUAUAAAGCAAGAUGACCAGUCCCUGAGAAAAUUGCAUUCCUUGGAAAAAGAUGAAGUUCUCAUCCGAAAAGGAAUACUAACUGGAGUUGCGUGCACAGUCAGACAGAGUGCAGUGAAGACAAGGAAGAUGUCAGGGGAAAGUAAUUCUUUGAAAUCAAAUUACGGCUUGUCUAAGAAGAAAUUAUCACAGAAAAAUAGCUGUUUGAGCUCAGUUGAAGUUAGCACUAGGAAUAAAUCUUCGAAAAGAAGUAAUUCCUUGAGCAUAAUUGAUGCAAUCUUCGAAGACAGAUUCUCCGAACAGGACACUUCCGUGAGCUCAGUUGAAACAAUCACCAUGCAGGAAAUCUCGGCAGAGGUUAAUACUACAAGACAGAUUCAUGUAGUUGAAAGGAAGGGAACAAUGGCAAGAGACGAUUCCUUGAGUACAAGUUCUUGCGAUACUACGGAGAGAGUGUUAGUGACGAGUGGCUCACCAUGCAAAGUUGGCGCAGCUAUUACAGACAGAACAUCAACAAGGGAUGAUUUUUCUAGCGCAGAUGAUUAUAACAGUUUAUAUUUUUCAGGACGUAGGCGCGAUGUGAAUGCAAGAAGGGUGUCUAAGCAAGAAGGAUCUUCUUCUUCAAGGGAUGAUACAUAUCGAAGAUAUGACUCAUCCCAGGUAUAUGGCCCAAGGAAAGGAAGUGACAUAGAAGCUGCAAGGAAGGUGAAUAACAGGGUCAAGUCUGUCAGGAGAAGUCACUUAUACUCGCAAACACCUGCGAAAUCAGAUUUCGAUUCCCUAGAUGAUAUAAAAAACAAGAUAAAGAAGCAAAAACAAGCUGAAACAAAGAAACAUAUAUACAUAACAUGCAAAAGAAAUAUGCAGAAGAGAUUAAAGGCUGCAGCAGGCACUUAUACACCGAAGGGAAAGUUUGAACAGGAAGCAUAUGAUUAUAUGUAUGAUACAACCGCAGAUAAAUGUUGUGAGGAAGGUCUAUGCAGAGAGGAAUUUUAUAUAAAGAGAAGUAAUGAGAUGUAUAAGAGAAUGCAGAAA